AGCAGCAGCACACUCUGCCCUGCUCCCUCUUCACCUUACACACAAGCGCAAGGCGAAGGAAACAGCGCAGAAGCGAACGCUAUGGCUCAGGGAAGGGGCAGUGCAGCGCGGGGGCUCGCCCUCGGCGGCUUGCUCGCCGUGUGCCUCCUCCUCGGCGCCGCUCACAUCGCCGCCGCGGCCACCCACAGCGUCGACUGGUCGUUCAACGCGGACGGCUGGUCCCAGGGCAAGAUCUUCCGCGCCGGCGACGUGCUGGUGUUCAACUACAACCCCUCCGUGCACAACGUGGUGGCGGUGGACGCUGGCGGCUACUACGGAUGCCGGCCCUCCGGCACGUCGUACAGCUCGGGGAGCGACCGCAUCACGCUCGGCCCCGGCACGAGCUACUUCAUCUGCAGCCUCAACGGCCACUGCGGGAUGGGGAUGAAGAUGGUCCUCACGGCCAGCUGAAGCCAUCAAGACACCACGUACCCCCUCUUAUUGGAGUGCUCGAAGGUUAAUAAGUGCUGUGUCAUCGGUCGUCAGAUCGCGUGCAAGAACUCAGUUAUGCGAUAGCUCUUUGUUCCAUACGUGCGUUACAACUUUAAACGGAUACAGGCUCAUGUGUUUUGUAUGGGGAUGUGUUAGGUAAAGCAUGAUGUAUUGA